UCCAAUGGUAAAAGGACUGGACUACUCUCUUCUAAACAGAGACACUCAAGGAAUUGCCCACUUUGACAAACAAGAAACUCCAAGCAAAGUUCAGGCACCGACGGAAGAACUAAAUAAUAACUCAGCACAAGAACAGUGGCCCUCUUUGGUAUCCCAAAUAGCCGUUUUGCAGUUCAGGAAAGAAGAAACACCAACUCCAACUGGUGUUCAUCGAGUAGAUAGUUUUUAUCCAGGCAGAAUGUAUUAUGUAUAUGAACUGGCAAAGCACGGUUUGAACGAAAGUAACCAACCACUUGUUGUUCGACAUAGUAAGAAACGUAUUUUUCCGUCGAAUAGUAUCACUUAUGAAUGGAGUCGUGAUAUUGCUAGCUCGAUAUGGACCAAAGAUACGAGGAAAAAGUUGUCGUCUUUCAAGGAAGACGCUUUCCCAUAUAAUAACGGCGAACCUGGAAGAAUACAUCUAUUUUGGAAUUGCAAAAAGCCUUCUCAAAGGGAUAUCUCCCCAGCAGUUGAUGAAACAGACGAUACAACUGCUGUUGAUAAGGAUGCUUCCAAGAUGAGUUCAGUAUGGCAAGUAGAUGGAGCUUUGGCAGGAGCUGUUGAGGUAGAAAAUGAAACAACAAAGCAUUUCCAUUAUCCAAGCAUCCAAAAUGAAAAUGAAUCCCAAGAAGAGGAAAUGGAUAUUUUUCAAGACAUUGACUCGACUCAAGUGACUUGGAGUUAUUCUAAAAAUGAAACAUAAUUUCAUAAUAGUACCCAAAUAAGCUCUCUCAGUAUUGUAACUUCGUUUUUCUUUUAUCAUGCAAAGAAAACUUCUCAAGUAUGA